GGUUCAGAUUUUGGUUGGAAAGUUUAUGGCGCCAAUUAUUCCAGUGUGCUGUUGUUUGUGAAGUUUUUUAAUUACUUCCAAAAUGCCGGCUUUUCUAAAGCAUAUCGAAGUAGAAAAUUUCAAGUCCUACAGAGGAAACCUUAUUAUCGGCCCCCUGAAAUCAUUCACGGCCGUUGUCGGACCUAAUGGAUCCGGAAAAUCUAAUUUUAUGGAUGCCAUCAGUUUUGUCAUGGGAGAAAAAACAAGUAGCUUGCGCGUGAAGAGGUUUAGCGAGUUGAUUCAUGGUGCAUCUAUAGGACUGCCAGUUGCUCGAAGUGCAUCUGUAACCGCAGUAUUCGAACUAGAAAGCGGCAGCGAGAAAAGUUUUAUGCGUUCCGUGCAAGGGUCUUCCUCGGAGCAUAGAAUAAAUAAUACAGUUGUCACCAGUCAGGUAUAUCUUACCGAAUUAGAACACCUUGGCAUUAAUGUAAAAGCAAAAAAUUUUCUAGUAUUUCAAGGGGCUGUUGAGUCAAUAGCUAUGAAAAAUCCAAAAGAACGUACUGCACUUUUUGAAGAGAUCAGUAAUUCCGGAGCAUUAAAAGCAGAGUACGAAAGAUUGAGGACAGAAAUGCUAAGAGCGGAAGAGGAAACGCAAUUUUCAUAUCAAAAGAAGAAGGGUAUCGCUGCAGAAAGGAAAGAAGCAAAAUUGGAAAAAGAAGAAGCCGAAAAAUACCAACGUUUGAAGGAAGAAUACGUAGAAAAGCAAGUUGAAUUGCAACUGUUUCGUUUGUUUCAUAAUGAGAAAUAUAUAGAGAAUUUCGAAGUUUCACAGAAGAAGAAACAACACGAGAUAGAAAAAAUUGAAAAGAGAAAAGAAAAAGCAGAGGAAUUAUUGAAAGAGAAAAAGAAGGAAGCUGGAAAAUUAGGAAGAGAUCUUGCCAAGAUAGAACAAGAUAUCAGAGAAGUGGAAGUAGAAAUAACAAAGAAAAGACCUAAAUUCAUUAAAGCGAAAGAACAUGUUGCCCAUAUGCAGAAAAAAGUAGAGUCUGCACGGAAAUCUUUAACGCAAGCACGCACCGCGGAUGAAGCACAUAAGAAAGAUAUACAUGAACUUCAAGAAGAAUUACGUCAAGUGGAGGAAGCUAAGGCCGCUUAUGAAGCAAGUAUCGCAGGACAAUCGCAACUGCAAGGGAGAGAUGUGCAGCUAGAAGAUGAACAGGUUAAAGAGUACAAUCGCAUGAAAGAGGAAGCUGGCAAACAGUCGGCAAGAUAUCUGCAACUUCUUGACUCCAUUAAUCGCGAACAAAAAUCAGAUCAAGAUAGGCUCGACAACGAAGGCAGGAAAAAGACGGAAAUAGAAAACAAGCAUAAACAAAAAGGUCAUAUGCGAGACGAAGCUCUUAAAAGAGUAGAAAAAUUGGAGGAACACAUAAGAUCGUCCGAAGCAGCUUUAGAGGAUCAGAAAAAAUUGCGAGCUGACUUACAGUCCGAUGUCGGCACCUCGAAAGAUAAAAUACAGAACAUUCAGCGAGAAUUAGAAAGCAUCUCGGAACAACUUGGCGAUGCGAAAGUCGACAAACACGAAGUAUCGAGAACCAAAAAGAAAACUGAAAUUGUAGAAAAUUUCAAACGUCUUUUUCCUGGUGUAUAUGAUCGUAUGUACAACAUGUGCGAACCUAUUCACAAGAGAUACAAUGUUGCAAUUACGAAAGUUCUUGGUAAAUAUAUGGAAGCGAUUGUUGUUGAUACCGAGAAGACAGCUAGACAAUGUAUUCAGUAUCUUAAGGAACAGUAUCUCGAACCAGAAACAUUUCUUCCGCUCGAUUACAUUCAAGCAAAACCAUUGAAAGAAAGACUUAGAAACAUACAAGAACCAAAAAAUGUGAAACUGUUGUACGAUGUGUUACAUUUCUCUCCUAAGGACAUUGACAGAGCAGUAUUAUUCGCUACAAAUAACGCUCUCGUGUGCGAAACUCCCGAAGAUGCAAACAAAGUAGCUUAUGAAAUGGAUAAGAAAGCAAGAUACGAUUGUGUUGCAUUGGAUGGAACGUUUUAUCAAAAAGCUGGAAUUAUAUCUGGUGGUAGUUUGGAUUUAGCAAAAAAGGCGAAAAGAUGGGAUGAGAAGCAAAUGUCCCAACUUAAGGCACAAAAAGAAAAAUUAACGGAAGAAUUACGUGAAUCUUUGAAAAAAUCGCGAAAAGAAUCUGAGUUAAAUACAGUCGAAUCACAAAUACGCGGUUUAGAAACACGUUUGAAAUAUAAUAAAAACGAUUUGACUGCCACUCAAAAGCAAAUUGCAGAACUUGAGACGGAAUUAGAUAAUCUUCAAACUGAAUUAAAUAUGUUUGGUCCAUCGAUAGCCGCAAUUGAAAAAACCAUGUCAGAAAGAGAUCAAGAAAUACAAAAUAUCAAAGAAAAAAUGAACAACGUCGAAGACGAUGUAUUCGCCAGUUUUUGCGAACAAAUAGGUGUAUCUAAUAUUCGUCAAUACGAAGAAAGAGAAUUACGAUCUCAACAAGAGAGAGCAAAGAAGAGAAUGGAAUUUGAAAAUCAGUGCAAUCGCAUUUGCAAUCAAUUAGAUUUUGAAAAACAGCGUGAUACGGAGAAUAACGUUUUGCGUUGGGAGCGCGCCGUUCAAGAUGCGGAGGAUAAACUGGAAUCUGCACGGCAAACUGAAUCGAUCCAAAAAGCAACGAUAGAUCACGACGAGACUCUGAUGGAACAGCUGAAAUCGGCACGAAAUGCAAAGAAAAUGGAAGUGGAUCAAAAAGAAGAUGAAAUUGGGAAAGCAAGGCGCGAGGUUGGAGCAAUUGCGAAGGAUAUACAAGCCACACAGAAGCAAUUAAAUGGCAUCGAAUCGAAAAUUGAACAAAAGAAAGCCGAACGCCACGCUAUUUUAUUGCAGUGCAAGAUGGAAGACAUUGCAAUUCCAAUGCUCCAUGGGAACAUGGAAGAUAUAGCUCGUGAAUCUAGUACGAACAAUAGUUCGGAAAAUAAUACUGACUUAUCAGUAAGUACACAGCAACAAUACGAACGCGAAAGACGAAUUACCAUAGAUUAUGCCCUUCUUCUUGAUAGUUUAAAAGAUGUUGAUGAAGAAGAUAUUAAAAAAACCACUGACAAAUUAACGAAAACAAUUAAUGAUUUACAAAGUACUAUUCAACGUAUUCAAGCACCUAAUAUGAAGGCAAUACAAAAAUUAUAUCUUGCCAAAGAAAAGUUGCAAGAAACUAAUGAAGAAUUUGAACAGUCGCGGAAAAAAGCAAAGAAAGCAAAAACACAAUUUGAAAAGAUAAAGAAGGAAAGGCACGACAGAUUUAUGGCCUGUUUCGAACAUGUGGCUAAUGAAAUCGAUCCGAUUUAUAAGAGCUUAGCAAAAAAUCAAUCUGCUCAAGCAUUCCUUGGCCCUGAAAAUCCGGAAGAACCCUACUUGGAUGGUAUUAAUUACAAUUGUGUUGCACCAGGAAAACGAUUUCAACCAAUGUCUAAUCUUUCCGGAGGAGAGAAAACUGUUGCGGCAUUAGCUCUAUUGUUUGCAAUUCAUAGUUUUCAACCGGCGCCAUUCUUUGUCUUGGACGAAAUCGAUGCUGCUUUAGAUAAUACUAAUAUCGGAAAAGUUGCGAGUUACAUACGUGAUAAAACGAGCUCUUUACAAACUAUCGUUAUAUCCUUGAAAGAAGAAUUUUACUCUCAUGCUGAUGCGUUAAUUGGCAUUUGCCCCGAUGUUGGCGAAUGCUUAGAGAGUAAAGUAUUAACAAUUGAUUUAACUGCAUAUCCUACACAUAUUAAUUAGCGAAACAUGUUC